AUGAGAUUCCUAUACCCCAUCACUCACAAUGUGCGUCGAUUCACUACUGCCAAUACACUAAAAGUCGAACAAAAGGCAACAAGAGGCUGGCGUAAAUAUGUUCAGCAAUUCCGCGACAAGCCGGCCUCUUAUGUGACCACAUUUGCAAUUUUACAUGAAGUUACAGCAAUCAUCCCAUUCCCGUUUAUUUACUAUGCUCUUGAUGCAUCUGCGCUCUCAAUCCCGGUUUCAGAGACUGCGAUUACAGAAGGAAAUCGGUUCAUCAGCAAGGUUCGUGUACACUAUGGAUAUGAGCCACUUGAUCCACAAAGUCGCGUGAUGAUAAACCUAGCCACAACUUAUGCUGCUGUCAAGCUUUUGAUGCCUGUCCGUCUUGCAGCAUCUGCUGCCUUGACACCAUUUUUUGCAGAAAAAUGGGUUGGACCCUUGGUAGGUCUGAUCUCAAGAUUGGGAGGCAAGAUAAGAUCACCAAAGCCAAAAAUGUAA